AUGAUGGCGCCGGAACAGCUAGCGUUGGAAAAAUUCAACACGGUGUGGAAAGUGUCUGUCUCAAUGCGUCGAGUAGCAGCGAUCAGUCUUUGUGGACGUUCCAAUCGGCAGUUCUUAUGUAUUGAUGUCCUUGCGGAUCCUAUUGAUGUCGUCUUUUCAAAAACGAAAGAGCAUGUCAAUCUCUCUGGAGGAAUAGUAGCGGAGCAAGUCUGCCUCCUUCUUUUGACACGAAUCGCCGUUGCGCUAGAUUGCGGUCGUCUGACAUGGCAGCAUUACUAUCUCGAAACAGGGAAGGGUUGUGUUUUACCAAAACCCGAAUUCAUGGAAGGAUGGCUCACUCUACAUUGGGAGGAAGCCGAAAUGAGUGCUGAGCGCAUAGCUCGACUGGUUGGGGGCUUGGCAAUUUUUGAAAAGGAACCGGAUGCGGUGCACGUAUCUAUUAAUCACUAUAAAGUGGAUGGAUUCGGCUCCCUACCUCUGUUUUAUUGCCUGCUUUUAGACUGCACAGAAGGAGGUCGCGAGUCUCAAAGCUGUGGAAUGGCCUUCUUUUAUGUCGGUUGUACAGUCAAAGGUGGAAGGUUCAUGUACCUGGAAGAUCUAUUCAUCGAAGAAUUUCACCGAGGCAAAGGUGCCGGAAGCGCCGCCAUGAAGGCUCUAGCAUCAGCAGCGCUCGCAAUGAAAUGCCAGCGACUUGUCUGGCAAGCGUUGGACUGGAACACACCAGCUUUGGGGUUCUAUAAAAAAAUCGGCGCAAAAAUACAAAGUGGCUUGCUGACUUCUCGUUACGCCAAUCGGCAAUUAUAUGAUUUGGCCAAGCUCGAACUCGCACUUAUUGAAGAUGAUCGGACCGCAAAUUGAGGAAGGACGGGCUAUAUUUGAAAGAUGCUCGAGCUGCUAUUUAGAAUCAGCAGAGGCAGGGAGAUGCUUUGAUAUGUUCUGUCGACCAAGAUGUUGUCGUUGCUGACACUGACACCAAACCACUUGGGGGGGAAAAUGUUUCUUUCGUUAGUUCCUACGGUCUUUGCGGUGCACAACGUAUUGAAAGAUCCUCACACAUCCAUCUUGUUCACAGUCAGCGCUCCCCGAAAAGCAGUGGCGGUUGUCCGGAGUGGAUACGAAUGCUACUAAUUUACGCAAUAGCUUCGGAACUAUGAUGUCCGUGUCAAUUUAGC